GAUUAGGCGCUCUGCGCAACUGGUUUGAAAAUCACCGUUUUCACCUUGCUUCACUUUGCUUCACCAUACUUAACGCUAUUGAAAUGAAAAUGUUUUUCUUAUUACAGGGGAACAAUAAGUAAACGUGCUGGAAGAAAAAAUAGGAUCUGCGUGAUGGAUAAGACUAUCUUCAUAAUAACCUUUCCCUUUUGUGGCCCAAAUACGUUAUUCGAUUUCUGAAAUAUAUAUGUUGUGCUAGCACGUCGUGUUCUUGCUUCGAAACAUUCGCUGACCCUUAUUUGUAUGCUGUUGCUUUAGAUCACCCCUGCUUCCAAAUAGACACCGGUAACAUUUGUAACAGAAUAUGCAGUCGAGUGUUUCAUUGGAAGAUGGAUUUUAUUCCUUCUGGAAAUCUCUUGGACCUAAGCCUCCUACCACUCUUCGAUGCUUCGAAAGAGGGGAGAUAAUGACGCUUCAUGAUUCUGAUGCUAUUCUUGUGGCUACAGAUUACUACAGAAAUCCGUCCCUCGUAAAGCGGUUUUCCAGGGGGAAGUCAAGCCUGUCGUAUGUCACUGUCAAAAAACAGAACACUGACUUUUUGAGACAUUUUCUUCUAAAGAGGCAAUAUCGCAUCGAAAUAUAUUGUUCCACAUCCAAAUGUGGGAGAGAUAAUGAGUGGAGCCUUAAGUUGAAGGCUUCUCCUGGGAACUUGGGUUCAGUAGAAGAUCUCCUUACAUCCACAUCAGAUUCAGUUGAAGCUUGUGGACUCAGUGCAGUAAAUGUAAAGCAGCUAAACGAACGAAUACAUGUGUGCCUAGCGUUUUGUGAAACUGAAAGUCGGAAGUUUCUUGUUGGUGAAUUCAUGGACUCAGUGCACCUAGCGAACUUGGAAACUGCUCUUGUUCAACUUAAAACAAGAGAAUGCCUUGUCCCUACCGGACUGCUUUCACAUCCAGAUAUUUCGAAAUCUGAUGUCACACCUUUGGGCAAUGCUAUUUCGGAACACGUCAGUUUUAUCUUUGAAAAAACUGGGAUUUUACCUACUGAGGUAAAAAAGUCUGAAUUCUCGCACACAAUUAAACCACAAGACUUGAUCUAUUUCCUGCGAUCUGAAAAAGAAAACUCAAAUGGCUCUUUGCUCUACGAGAAAGAGUUUCUUCUCAAAGAUGCAUUGUCUUGUCUGGGUGCCAUAAUAAAAUUCCUAGAUCUAAACGCUUUUGACACGAAUCGUCAUGUAUUCACAUUAGAAACUUUUAGUCUUGAAAAUCAUGUACGCCUAGAUAGUGCUGCCAGUCGGGCAUUGCACUUAUUACCUGGUCCAGAUGAUAAAAACAAGUUUCACAGUGUUUAUGGCGCAUUGAACAAUUGUCGAACAGCUCAAGGCCAGCGUCUUCUAGCUCAAUGGCUUCGACAACCUUUGAUAGAUAAGUCAAAAAUUGAAGAACGUUUGGACUUAGUUGAAUCGUUUGUUGAAGAAACUGCGAUACGUCGAGGAUUGCAUGAAGAUUUCUUACGUCGCAUCCCUGAUUUACAACGUCUAGGUCGACGUCUUAAGAAAAUCAGAGGUUCUGGCCUUCAGGAUGUCUAUCGUAUAUAUCAAGCUGUUUUACGCUUACCAUAUGCUGUUUCAUUAUUGAAUCAAUACACGGGAUCCAAACGAUCAACAGUUUACGAAUGUCUUAUAACACCUUUACAAAAAGCCAUGGAUAACUUUACUCUGUUUAAAGAUCUAGUGGAAUCCAACAUAGAUUUGGACUAUGUUAACCAACGAAAUGAGUUCAUUAUUCGUGCUGAUAAAGAUCCGUUGCUACAAGAAAUAAGGAAUAAAUUAGACAAUUUGGAGGAAAGAAUUCGGGAUGAAUUUAGACGUUGUGCAAAAAAGCUGAACUUGGAACAGAAUAAAUCUAUCAAGUUGGAAAGCAAUGAGCUACAUGGAUAUUUUAUGCGUGUCACACUCAAGGAUGAGAAAUGUUUAAGAGGAUUUGAAACAUUUGAAAUUUUGGACACACAAAAAGGUGGUGUACGUUUUCGGAAUAACCAAAUGACUUCAUUAAAUGAAACUUAUGCUGAAGUGAAACAAGAAUAUAAUGGAUUACAAGAAGUGGUUGUACAUCAAGUUGUUUGUGCCGCAGCUACUUAUUUAGAGCCUAUUAAUCAAUUGAAUGCAACCACUGCGUUCUUAGAUGUUAUUGUUAGCCUUUCUAUCGCAGCUAUCUCGUCUUCAGGCGUAUCGUAUAUUCGUCCGAAAAUUCUCUCUAAAGAUAAUGGUCAUAUUAUUUUAAAAGGAGCACGUCAUCCAUGUUUGGAAAUGCAAGAUCGAGUCAGUGUUAUUCCAAAUGAUGUACAUCUUGAACGUGGUAAACAAAUAUUCCUAAUUAUUACUGGUCCGAAUAUGGGUGGCAAGUCAACUUUUAUACAUAGUGUUGCCGUUAUUGUUGCUAUGGCCCAAAUUGGCAGCUUUGUUCCGUGUUCAUACGCAGAAAUUAUGCCAGUCGAUGCUAUCAUGGCACGUGUUGGUGCGGCUGAUUAUCAAUGUCGUGGUGUUUCUACAUUUUUAGCAGAAAUGCUUGAAACUUCAGCUGUUUUACGAUCGGUCACGCCAAAUUCGCUUGUCAUUAUUGAUGAAUUAGGACGUGGCACAUCAACGUAUGAUGGAUUUGGACUAGCAUGGGCAGUCGCUUCAUUUUUAGCUAGUCCUGAAGUUGGUUGUUUCGGUUUAUUUGCCACACAUUUUCAUGAAUUAACCAGUUUAGCAAAUUAUAUGCCCAAGCGUGUAGCUAAUCUACGAGUUUUAUGCAAUGUAUCAAACACUAAGGGAAUCGUUGAAGAUGAAGAGUCUGAGACAAAAGUUACCAUGUUGUAUAAAGUUGAGCCAGGUGUAUGCAGUCGUAGUUAUGGUCUAGACGUUGCUCGUCUUGCAGGCCUACCUAUGGAAGUAAUUAAACAAGCUGAACACCAAGCAUCUAAAGAUGAAGAGCUUGAAUCAAUUUGGUUGAAAUUAGAUAAAAAAUGCUCUACCAUAUAUGAAGAUGAACUAGACUUUGUUCAUCUUGAAGGAAAACGAGACAGAGAUCAAGAACAAAGUGUACUUGAUUGGAUAGAGGCCGUACUUGGCACCAAGGUGGACCGUUCUAAACCAUAUGAAGAGGUACUGAAAGAUGGAGUGCUACUUUGCAAAGUUAUCAAUAAACUAAAACCUGGUAGUGUGAAGAGAAUCAAUGAGAACGCUACUAUGCCAUUUAAAAUUAUGGAAAAUAUUAAUGCAUUUCAAGAAGCAAUUAAGGCAUACGGGGUACCUACUGCUGAUGUUUUUCAAACAGUCGAUUUAUUUGAGAAAAAAGAUAUUGCUCAAGUGACACAAUGUAUUUAUGCUCUUGGAAGAACAUUUUAUUGGAUUUGAAACCUUAUUCAAACAUAAAUCACUUAAUAGUCAUUUUAACAAUUACGCAAUCCUCAGUCACCGUUUUCGCUGACAAACUAUCCUGUGAAAGCUAGGAGCUACGAAGCCAAGACAGCAUUAUUUAUGAAGUCAUUUACUAUUAGUUUGGACAGUGUAAAGAGAAGCAGUCUACCCAAUUAGAUUCCAUACGAUAAUUGUUAUCUACAGUUUGAGAGUUUAGUUGACUUAUCACUAAAUCAAUUAAAAGGUGAUGAAGAUCCAUUCAUUCUUUAUCUCAUCCCAAAUUGCAGAUUUCAAUAAUAAUUCAUAUUUUUGUGUUCAUAGAUUUCAUUACAUUAUCUCUGAAUAUAUUCUACAUAGUAAAUAUUUUCACUAUAACGUACGGUACUUUUGAUUCUACUUCCCUGUUAUUCAAUUUGUUAUUUUCACUCCUCCGCACUGAUACAGUUUGACAACCUGAGUCAAGACAUAUCUUUAUCUAGCCUAUUGUUUUUACAAAUAAUUGACCAACUCACAUCUGUAGAAUUUCAUAAAAAUUUAUUGGAAAGAAUAUUUUUCUGUUAUAUAUAUCAUAAAUGUUUUCCUAAGUACUGAAGAUUACCAAACAAUUAUAAUUCAAGCUGAUAUCAAAUAAAUGGAAUAUGAUUAGCAACUUAAUCCAGAACACUCGUUUCAUCCUAUUCAGAACUUGUUAGCUGGAUGUACCUGGAUCCCAGAGUUGAUGUUCACUCCAUGACUCCAACGCCACUGUAUUAGAUGGAACGCGGCUAACAGACUGAUCAAAUUUCCGUGAAAAAUAUCAACAAUGGGAGAAUUCAACCCAUUUUAAACUGAAUUAUCAUUCCGUUACUAAUGAUGGUUUGUCAAAAUCUAAAUCUGCUAUUGAUCAGUCUUUAUUGUCAUUUGUGGAUCCUGAGUGGGUUGCCUCUAUGAAGUCAUAUUUCCGCAAGUUUUCGGAAUGGAUAGAUUGUGGCUAACAGUGGGAUCCAGAGUUCAUGUUUCAUUCAAUUUGGGAUGUUCCCACAUUCCACUGUUAAUAUUUAAUUAAUUGAUAAACGUUUUUAAUGGUCAUUUUUCACAGCCCAUUACCCUAAUUAAAAUGACUUUAAUCUUCUCAAAAAAAAACUUUUUCAGUGUCAAACACAUCCGGAAUACAAUGGCCCUACUUUAGGUCCAAAAUUAGCUCAAGAGAAUAAACGUGAAUUCACUGACGAACAAUUACGUGAAGGCGCGAAUGUGAUUAGUCUACAAUAUGGUACAAAUAAAGGUGCUUCACAAGCUGGCAUGACAAUGGGCAAACAAAGAAUGAUUCUUGAUUAAAUUAAUUAUUUAUGAAGAAGAAUACUGAAACAUAUCUAUCAAUCUAUUGAAACUAUGACCAUUUGAUGGGGGGCAAUUUUUUAAAUUCUAAUAUUAAUAAUCACAAACUUGAUUGAAUCUUAACUAUGCAACUCAGCAUGUCAAUAUUUGUUUACCAAUGAAAUGCUUUUUUUUCACAACUGCUUUUUUCCUCGUUUAAUUGUUUCUUAACCUUAUUCUUAACUCAUCGUAUUACAGUUGAUCUAAGUAACAACAAUACUAAGGUGUAACCUUGAUUAAUCGUUCAUAUGAUUGAAUGUUAAUGUUAAAUCACGUGCUUAACUUCUUAAUAAAAAUUUCACAUAUUUGUGCUGCUUAAUAAUAAUAACAACCGCAACGCUUUUUUCCUUAAUUUUUUACUUAUAUAUUUCUGUCAAAAUACUAAAGUGUAAAGGUUAUUGUAAUUGUUAUACGGUAACAAAUUCAUUGCCUACUUAUUCU